AUGCUCCAUCUCUUCCUAAAGAUCUCCUUUCUACUAUCUUCCUUGGGUAUUCAUGGCCUGAAUGCUGAAAAACCGAUAUAUGCGGCAGCCUGUAACGGCGGCAUGAGGUUGUACACAGGCGGGAAACAGGAUGCAGCAUGCAGAUAUGUACGGACAACUGGUGAAGAACUACAUUACAACUGCCAACACAACAGUUGCUUGUAUGAUGAUAAAGAUUGGGUUCCUUUCAAUAACUGCCGACUAGCCAACUCAGCUAACACGGGGGUUUCAUUCCAAAAGUGCAAGGAAUAUAAUUACGAGGGACAGAACAAAGGUUAUACUUGUAGCAAUCUUUCGGGUGUGAAAUAUGUUUGCCCAGAGUACAAUCCUCAAAAUACGGUUGGCGCCUUGACAUGUCUGACUUGCCGUGCGGGAAACUGGUAG